AUGGCUGAAAAUAACAUAACUAGUCUGAUAUCUUGUUCAAAAAAGCGUUCAUUGAAUCCAACGAAAUUAAAUCCGUUUCGAGAUUUUACUGUUGCCAAAUCGAAUAAUCCAACAUCUCAAUCCAGUAGUGCCAUGGAAGAACUAACAGCAACAGAGGAUAGUACAGCUAAUGGCAAAGUUAAAUUUACGGUUGUCCUGCCUCCAAAAAAGAGUUCACCUAGUCGAGAAACGGAAGAAGAUGAUGAAGGAGAACAUAGAUCGAAACGACAACGGCGACGAUCACAAGAUACUGAUGAGGAUCGUCAACAUAAAGAAAAACCUCACUUUACUGUAACCAUUGAUCCAGCCUCUAAACAUACAAAACAUUCACGGAAUAAAACUCAUGAAACGUCAAAAGCAAAUAAAAAUAAUGAUGGAGAUAAUGAUACAUCGGCACUUGCCACUGAUGCUAGACAAGUUCUUGAAAGAAAGCGACGAAAUCGGCGAUGA